CAAUUGCAUUAAAUUGAUUUUAUUACAGUCGAUUGGAAUCUGAAUGGAGUGGAAUUGGAUUUUUGUAUUUGUCUUUGCUAAUAGUUUUCAAUAUUUGCUGAUAUAGUAUUAAGAUCUUUGGAAACUUAGUAUCUACGUCGUAGUUAUAACCUAUUUAUUAAGUUGCGGUUCUUUUUUAUCUUACAACAUGGUUUCGGGUGAAGAUUUAAUUGUUUGGUUGAUUUUAUUAUUUUCUUGGGCAGAAUACUUAUGGGAAUUGUACCUCACAUUGCGGCAGUUGAAAAUAUACCAUACAAAUAAAACCAUACCUGAUGAGUUGAAGGAGAUGAUAAAUGAAGAAUCUAUAAAGAAGGCCCGCCUUUAUGGUAUUGAUAAAUCAAAGUUCAAAAUAGCCAAAGAACUGUACAAUAUAAUUUUAAUAUCAGUGAUUCUGUACAAACGCUGGAUUUAUGUUGCUUGGCACAAAUCAGAAAUGAUAGCAGAAGCUUUUAAUAUAACAUCUGAUCAAGAAAUCAUUAUCACCUGUAUAUUCAUGACAUUUGUAACUCUAUUUAAUUUCAUUAUGAAUAUGCCUAUUAAAAUUUAUGCAACAUUUGUGUUAGAGGAAAAUCAUGGAUUUAAUAAACAAACAGCUCUCUUCUUUGUAAAGGAUCAGUUGAAAUCACUGUUACUGGGCCUUGUCAUCACUCUGCCUAUAAUAUCAAUUGCAUUAUACAUUAUUAUGUUGGGAGGAAAUAUGUUUGUUGUUUGGCUGUGGCUGUUCACAACAGUGACAACUCUGUUACUUCUUGCACUAUACCCAACAGUUAUUGCACCACUAUUUGACAAGUUUGUACCUCUACCAGAUAAUGCGCUCAGAAAAGGAAUUGAGGACUUGGCUUCUAAGCUAAAUUUCCCCUUAUCUCAAAUUUAUAUUGUUAAAGGUUCAAAGAGAUCAGCACAUAGCAAUGCAUAUUUCAGUGGACUUUUAGGUGCUAAGAGAAUUGUUUUGUUCGACACACUGUUAGAAAGCCAUGAUAAAACAAAGAAUGUUACUACUGGGUGUACUGAUGAUGAAAUAUUAGGAAUUUUGGCUCAUGAACUUGGACAUUGGAGUUGCAGCCACAUUUAUAAAUCUAUUGCCCUAACUGAAGUCAACUUAUUAUUGUUAUUCACAGCAUUUGGUAUUCUUUUCAAAUACUCUUUGUUGUAUACUGCAAUCGGUUUUCCACCUCAACAGGAGCCAAUUAUAAUAGGUUUGUUAGUUAUCUUACAGUUGAUUCUAGCUCCCUAUAAUUCAUUAUUGUCAUAUUUCGCAACAGCACUCUCUAGGAAAUUUGAGUUUGAGGCUGAUAAUUUUGCUAUUAACCUUAAAUAUGCUACUGAACUUAGGUCUGCUCUAAUCAAGUUAGGUAAGGACAACUUGGAUUAUCCCAUCUAUGACAAACUGUAUUCAGCAUGGUACCACUCUCAUCCGACAUUGCUCCAUAGAAUAGAAAACAUUAAUACCAAAAUUGCUAAUGAAAAGAAAGAUUAAUUCAUAUUAUAUUUUACAAUUUAUAUUUCGAAUGCAUUUUAAAUAGUACAACUACAUUAAAUACUUUUUAUAUCUUGAUGUAUAUUUAUCAUGUACAUUGUAUACUAUUAAUAGAUAUUUUCAAGACAAUGUUUUGCUCUUAUUUUAAUGAAUGUAAAGAGACAAUUAAGAUGUAAUUUUUUGGGCACCUAAUGCCCAGAAGCAAACCAAAAAGCCAAGCUUUGCUCUAAGCAAUUUAGGAAAUGUAUGUAUACAUUUAAUAUUAAAUUUAUUGCCUUCCUAAAUAUAUGUGUGUGUCUGAUCUCAGAUAUGUCUUCAUACCUCUACAUGUAACUGGGAAGUAUAUGCAAGUUAUAUGAACUAAACAGUUACUUAGUACAUUUUAAUAAAGGGUCUGUUUCACAAUGUCCCAAGAAGGUUCUGAAUAAGCUACUUUGAACCUAUUUGGCAAAUUAAGUCGUUGACAUUUCACAAUGUUCAAAUAAGCUGUGGAAUGCAAACUAUUUUGACAGGAAGUAUUGUGUCAGAUAAUUUGUUAGUUAUCUAGUACUUGGACAUCAUGAAACAGUCCCUAUGUCUAUUAUUGUGCACAACAUUUACUUAUUUAUGAAAUAAAUGCAAAAAUCGUAUGGCA